AUGAACCAAGCUUUGUUGAGGCCCUACUAUGCUCAGGAGGUUGAAGAAGCUUUGUUUCAAAUGGAUGGCUUGAGCUCACCUGGACCUGAUGGCUUUCUAGCAGCCUUUUAUCAACAAAACUGGGAUAUGGUGGGGAGCCAGGUCAGUGAAUCAGUUCUGUAUGUGCUUAAUUCAAAAGGCAACUUGGAUGUUAUUAAUAAUACUUUCAUUGCUUUAAUCCCAAAAAAGAAGAACUGUACUAAAGUUUCUGAUUUCAGGCCAAUAUCUCUUUGUAAUGUUUUAUAUAAGAUUAUCUCCAAAACCUUAGCCAGCAGGCUUAAGAAAAUUCUGCCUAGCAUCAUUUCUCAGAACCAAUCAGCUUUCAUUCCUGGAAGGGUUAUCUCUGAUAAUGUAAUAGUUGCAUUUGAGGCUUUGCAUUCUAUGAAUUGUAAAAUGGCAGGAAGAGAAGGGUAUAUGGCAAUGAAGCUUGACAUAAGCAAAGCAUAUGAUAGGGUUGAGUGGUCUUUUCUAAGAGCUGCUUUAUGUAAAAUAGGGUUUGAUUUUGCUUGGGUAGAGUUGGUGAUGAGAUGUGUGGAAUCAGUGUCCUACUCCAUUUUAGUUAAUGGUGUCCCUCAAAGUGAGUUUAGACCUUCAAGGGGCAUUAGACAAGGUGAUCCAUUAUCACCUUAUCUCUUCAUAAUGUGUGCUGAAGCUUUGGGCUCUAUGAUCAGUAAAGGGGUAGAAGAGGGAGUCAUCUCAGGAGUGCCUUUUGCAAGGGGUAGAAUCAGAAUUUCCCACCUAUUUUUUGCUGAUGACAGUUUGUUAUUUUGCAAAGCAAAUGCUAUGGAAUGGGGUAAGCUGCACAAUAUCCUGAAAAUUUAUGAGGAAGCCUUAGGUCAAAGAUUGAAUCUUGAAAAAACUUCAAUACAAUUCAGUAGAAACACUGCUAAGGCAACUCAAGAUUUCAUCCUUAGCAUUGCAGGAGUGAGGUCCUCAAUGGCUUAUGAGAAGUAUCUUGGUUUACCAACUGUUGUUGGCAAAGCAAGAGAGAAAUCAUUCAGAGAUAUUCUGGAUCGAGUCAGAAUGAGGUUCAGCAAUCAAAGGGUUAAAUUCUUGUCUCAAGCAGGAAAUGAAAUAUUCAUCAAGGCCUCCCAACUUAUAGCAUCAUUAUGCACAACUUUUGGUGGAGGCAGCAUGAGGCAGAAAGAAAGAUCCAUUGGGUGGCUUGGAGCAAAAUGGGAAGAUCUAAGGCUGAAGGAGGUUCUAAGAGCCAAGUACUUCCAAGAGACUUCCUUUAUGAAUGCAAAGUUGGGUCAGAAACCAUCAUAUAUAUGGAGGAGUAUGCUGAAGGCAAGGAACCUGAUUGAUGCAGGCUCUUUUUGGAGAAUUGGCUCUGGUGAUAAGCCAGGGGAAAAGAGAUGGAAUAUGGAGUUUGUGGAGCACAUCUUUUGCAAAGAAGAUGCAGAUAUCAUUGCUCAAAUUCCAAUCAGCUCAUCCACUAGUCCUGACCAACUGAUAUGGAAAGGAACCUCUUCAGGUCUUUUCAUAGUCAAAAGCGCAUACCAUCUGCACCAAGAGAUGAACCAAGCUCUUAAAGGGCAACCAUCGAGCAGUCAUAAUUUAAAGGAGUCAAAUCUUUUUAAAAGGAAGAUUGUUGCACAUCCAAAGUGUCCAAUUUGCGAGUUAGAGGAAGAGACAGUAGCACAUGCUUUAUGGGAUUGUGAGUCAGCAAGAGAUGUUUGGAGCCAAUGUACUAAGAGCAUUCAGAAAAGGCAUUUCUCUCAUAUGGAUUUUUUGGAGAUUUUCGAAGCUAUUGCAAAAGGAAUGAGUUUUGAGUGCAUACAGGAAUUUGUUAUGGUUGCUAAGCAGAUUUGGUGGAGGAGAAAUGAGUUUAUUUUUAACCAAAGGUUUAGACAUCCUAAUCAAGUUGCCAUGGUUGCAAAUCAAAACAUAAGAAUGAUGAAGGACUUGGAAAUGCAGAAAAAUGACUCCUCAGCUCUUAGUAACAGCAACUUAGUUAUUUGGCAACCACCUCCUAUUCCUUUUUACAAGCUUAAUUGGGAUGCAGCUGUGGACAAAAUCAGAGCUAAAGUUGGUAUUGGUAUAGUAGUCAGAGAUUGUGAAGGAAGAAUAAUAGCAACUAUGAGAAGAAAACAAAGCCUUCUUCCCCUUCCUUCUCUGGCUGAAGCAUAUGGGCCACUCUUAGCAGUGGAAUUUGCACUGGAUCUUGGUUUAACAAAGACUAUCUUUGAAGGGGACUCUCUUCAAACUGUCCAAGCUUUGAAGAAAGAGGAGGAUUAA